GCAAGGUAUGCUUUCAGUGUAGCCUCUUCCUCAAAUAGUACUGUGUGGUGUCAGACACAACUAUAAUCCAGCAGUAAAGAAUGUCAGGCACAGCAGACUCCCUCACAUCCAGAGACACGCAGGACGCUCCUGGUUACGAUGUCCCCUCAUCACCACCACCGUUAUACUCCGAUGUAGGACAACAACCUCCACCCUACUCCGCAGCCCCGCCAAUGUACCCUCCAACCAAAUUCGAUACAACUUGCACCUAUCAGCCUACCACUGGAUACGAGUCUUUCCGGGACAUCGUCCCACAGACCUCGUCAGAAUCAACUCAACUGAUUGCCUCAUCUUCUUUUGAUGACGAGACAGUGAGACGAGCGUUUGUUAGAAAGGUGUUCAGCAUCCUGACUCUCCAGCUGCUGUUCACCUUCAGUGUGGUGUGUGUGUUCACCUUCUCCAGCGUAGUCAAAGAUGCGGUGAAGAGCAACCUGUGGGCCUACCUCAGCUCCUUCAUCAUCUUCGCCGUGGUUGCCACCGCCCUCAGCUGCUGCAAGUCCUUCAGUCGGCGUCACCCCUGGAACAUUGUGGGACUGGUUGUGGUCACCCUGAGCUUGUCAUACAUGGUGGGAACCAUCGCCUCUUUCCACGACACCAAUGCUGUUGUCAUCACUAUGGGAGCAACGUUGGCCAUUUCUGUAGCCAUCAUUGCAUUCUCUGCACAGACUCGUUAUGAUUUCACUAUUUGCUACGGUCUUCUGCUGAUUCUGGCUGUGGACAUGAUCAUGUUUGGGUUCUUCUGCACCUUCUACUACUCCUACAUCACUGACGUCGCCUAUGGAUGUCUGGGUGCUUUGCUGUAUUCACUGUUUCUGAUGGUUGACGUUCAGCUGAUGAUGGGGAUGAUGAGCUUCCGUCUGGAUCCAGAGGAAUACAUCAACGCUGCUCUCACGAUCUACCUGGACAUAGUCCUCAUCUUCCUCUACCUGCUGGGGAGGAGGUGAAACUGUAUUCACAAAAUACAUUUACACACAAACACACAGAUAGACACUCCAAACUGUACCCACCAUGAAAAUGUCCUUUAUUAUUAGUGUUUAAUGUAUAUGCUGUAACUCCUGUUUUAAGUGACAAUGAGCGAAUGAUUAUCAGUUUUUACAGAAAAAAACUUUUUCUCAGUUUUACAUAAACAAACAUUUAUAUAAAAAAA